UGUAGAUGAAUGGGAGGACGAGUAUCAGUGGGUCAAAAGAAAGGAUAAGGAGAGGUGGCAGAAGGUGGGAAGAACAGCUGGAUGUUUAGAGGGAGAGAGAGGAAUACCUCAUUUCUCCAUCUUCCAUGCUGGUAGAAGACAAGAAUGAAAUCCUGGAUGAUUGCUGAGGGUGGGGUAAAAAAACAUCCCAAACCCACCAACCAUUCAUGAACUAGUCACAUGUGCUGAUCCUUUUCAGCAUUUACUCCAGAAAAGUCCCAGAUUUGGUAGGAAAUGUUGGCUCCUUUGAUUUCCCACAGGGUAUAUAGAGAAAAUGCUCCGAGGUAGGGGACAGUAGGAAAGAAUGUCUUAUGAGGAGAAUCUCAAGAAUGAAAAGGCCAUGUUUCACCUGGAAAAUGAAAGAUUCAGGGAAGAUAGUCUAGCUAUUUUCAAUUCUUUAAAGAACUGUCAUGUGGAAAAGAGAUUAUACUUGUUCUUUUUGCUCCCAGGGGGCAAAGUGAGGUUCUAUGUCGGGAAAAAACUUCCUCACAGUUAGAGUUGUGUAAAAGUAGAACAAGUUACCUCAAGAGAUGGUGAGUCCUCCUUCCUUGGGGGUCUUCAAGCAGAAGCUGGACUUCUUGGGUAUGUUAUAGUGGGCAUUCCUUUCAUAUAUAGAUUGAUAAAGUUGCUUCCAGCACACAAAUUCUGUGAGUCUCUGAAAGGCAAAGGGGAUUGGGUAAGAGUAUAGAGAGUUAGACUGAGAGUCAUGGGUUUGAAUCUCAGCUCUACUACUUACCAUCGGUGUGACUUUGGGCAAGCUACUUCCUCUGGGGCCUCAAUUUCCUCCUCUAUAAAAUUAGGGGGCUGGUCUCUAAAUAAUCUUCUGAGGUCCUGUCCAGCUCUUGUGUCCUGAAGCUUAAUUCUCAUGCUAGAUCACUAGCUCCUGGGGAGGGGAGAAUAGGCUAUGAUUCUAGGGAAACCAGUUUGGGUGUCGAUAAGACAGACAGGUAGAUGAAUGAAUGCUAGGGAUUCAAAGAGACUGAGAUUCUUGUGCAGCAUAGGCUGGCAAGAAACCUUUUGUUUAAAAUAGAAGGCACACCCUCUUUAUCAAAGGCAAAAGGCAGUUGAAAGAUUGUAAUCUUCUCCACAGUGGGCAAUGACUGAUCUCCCUUAGAGAAGAUUCUCCCAGAGAAAGAUUCUCUCCUCCUUUCCUCUGAAUGCACUUCUGACCCCCACUUCGAACCUCUCAGAAAUAAAUGAGGGGUUUCCUACACAGAUGCCAAAGGCACAGUCAGAGCAAAGAGUGAGUAUAUAUGCAGAAGGGGCAGUAGGGGAGAUCCUCCAGGUAAGAAGGGGAAAGCAAAGUAGGUUGAGAGGCCAAGUAGCAGAGAGAGAAAAAUUGUGGUGGAGCCAGACAAGGCCAUGAAAGGGAGCCUUCGAGAGAAGUUGGGGAGCCAGCAGAGCAAACAGUGGGGAUUCAGAAAGAUGAGACUGGGGGGAAAGAGAAAGCCGAGGGAACUAGAAGGAGGUUAGAAAUAAGAAGGGGCUGCCCUUUACGAGCAAAUACAAGAGACACGAGCGUGGAAGAGUGUCGAAAAGACAAGAGCAUUGACUCAACAGCCUCCCAGCCUUGGUUCCAGGAAGAUGGCAGCAGAAGAUCAACAGACCAGUAUGGCUGCCACUGCUGCUGUCAGUCCCAGUGAAUACCUGCAGCCCGCUGCCUCCACUGCCCAGGACUCCCAGCCAUCACCCUUAGCCCUUCUUGCUGCAACAUGUAGCAAAAUUGGUCCUCCUGCAGUAGAAGCUGCUGUAACACCUCCUGCUCCCCCCCAACCCACACCACGGAAACUGGUUCCCAUCAAACCUGCCCCACUUCCCCUCAGCCCUGGAAAGAACAGUUUUGGGAUCUUAUCCUCCAAAGGGAACAUUCUCCAAGUCCAAGGUUCACAAUUGGGCACAUCCUAUCCGGGAGGUCAACUGGUGUUUGCUAUCCAGAACCCUACGAUGAUCAACAAAGGGGCCCGGUCCAGUGCCAACAUUCAAUACCAAGCAGUUCCUCAGAUUCAAGCAGGCAGUGGGCAGACCAUCCAAGUCCAGCCUAACCUCACCAGCCUCACUGGAACCUCACAGAUCCAGAUCAUCCCUGGCACCAACCAAGCCAUUAUCACUCCUUCCCCUUCCAGUCACAAGCCUGUCCCUAUCAAGCCUGCCCCUAUCCAGAAGGCCAGCUCUGCAGCACCGCUGCAGAGCCCAGGUGGCGUGGUGAAGCUGACGGGUGGCGGUGGCAAUGUGACCCUUACCCUGCCCGUCAACAACCUCGUGAGCACCCCGGACUCGGGCACCCCGACACAGCUGCUCACUGAGAGCCCCGCUGCUCCGCUGAUCAAACCGAACAAGAAGAUGAGGAAAAAAGGUCUCCCUGCCUCCUCUCAGCCCGCUGUGGCAGUGGCUGAACAAGUGGAGACCGUGCUCAUUGAGACAACAGCAGACAACAUCAUCCAGGCAGGGAACAACCUCCUCAUUGUGCAGAGUCCUGGAGGGGGCCAGCCUGCCAUGGUACAGCAGGUGCAAGUGGUACCCCCGAAGGCAGAACAGCAGCAGGUGGUACAGAUCCCUCAGCAAGCCCUCCGAGUGGUGCAGGCGGCCUCUGCUACCCUCCCCACUGUCCCCCAGAAGCCCUCCCAGGACUUUCAGAUCCAAACGCCUGAGCCAACACCUACUCAGAUUUAUAUCAGAAUGCCUUCGGGGGAGCUGCAGACAGUCCUCCUACAAGAACCCCCUUCGGUGACAGUGCCUGCUGCCUCUACCACCUCCUGUAGUAGCCCUGUAACUCGGAGUCCCCACUUGGGAAGCACCAGUAAAAAGCAUUCAACGGCUGCUUCUCGGAAGGAACGGCCCCUGCCAAAGAUUGCUCCUGCUGGAGGUAUCAUCAGCCUGAAUGCGGCCCAGCUGGCAGCAGCUGCACAAGCUAUGCAGACCAUUAAUAUCAAUGGUGUCCAGGUCCAAGGUGUGCCUGUCACUAUCACCAACACUGGAGGGCAGCAGCAGCUCACUGUACAAAAUGUUUCUGGGAACAACCUGACUAUCAGUGGCCUGAGCCCCACACAGAUUCAGCUGCAGAUGGAGCAGGCCCUAGCAGGAGAGGUCCAGCCAGGGGAGAAGAGGCGUCGUAUGGCUUGUACUUGCCCCAACUGCAAGGAUGGGGAGAAAAGGUCUGGAGAGCAAGGGAAGAAGAAGCACGUGUGCCACAUCCCUGACUGUGGCAAGACCUUUCGAAAGACAUCACUGUUGCGUGCCCAUGUGCGCCUGCACACCGGAGAGCGGCCCUUCGUCUGUAACUGGGUUUAUUGUGGCAAGAGGUUUACGCGCAGUGACGAGCUCCAGCGGCAUGCCCGCACCCACACAGGUGACAAGCGUUUCGAGUGUGCCCAGUGUCAGAAGCGCUUCAUGAGGAGCGACCACCUAACCAAGCAUUACAAGACCCAUCUGGUCACAAAGAAUUUGUAAAGCCAACAGCGGUUGAAGGCUCUGCAGAUUCAACUCCAAUUCAGCCUGGGGCCUCCAGAGUCAGAGGCACCAUUGCUGACUCCUUGCCCCCUUAUUCCCUGACUGUGGUCCUGCAGAGAGGGGCUUCAAUAACCAUGUUUCCUCCUUCCUAAGCCAUUUGGCUGCCACAACAGCCCCUUUUCCCUCCACCAUAAGCUCCUGGCCCAGAUCCCGGACAUUGGCCACGUACAAUGAGACGUUCUAAACCAGGACGAGUGGGAACCUUUAUUUCCAAAGGAAAAACAUGAAUUUCACUCCAUCGAGGAGCCAAGUGAGUCCCCUUCCUUUCUCCUCCCCUAUCCCAUAGCACUGAUGUGGCCCAGGGCAGGGGAGCCAGAAAGGAGAUGCAUCCCCCGUGCCAUCCCCUCUCCUGUGGGUCUGUCAUACCCUACUCCCACCAGAGGGCAGCAUGGCAGCAACAUAGCAAAUACCUGGGACCCAGUUCCAGAGCCCCAUCCAAGGGCCAUCCACAGAGACAGUGGGAAGGACACCUGCAUACCCCCCCCCCCCCAAAAAACAAAAAACAAAAACUUUCUUCCAGCACAUUCCAACUUUAUAUUUUAAAAGUAUAUAUAACCACAGACUCCUUCUGAUCUUCCCUGUUUUUCUAUGAAGAACGUUGCCUUAUACUCCAGAUAAUGAACACUGUGUAUUGUGUGCGCUUUUAAAUAAUUUUAUUUAAUUGCUUCCUUCUUCCUUUCCUUAUCUUUCUCCUUCCCCCAUUCCUUUUUCAGUUUGGGAUUGGGGUUUUUGUUUUUUGGACAAUGAUGAACAGAAAAAAAAUUUUCCUUCUCCAUAGACUUUUCACUUCUAAAUAACGUAAAAUUUCAGUUUGAAUCCGGAAUCUGAUUUUUUUUUUUUUUUUAAAGAACCCUCACACUCACUCACAUACAAAAUAUAUUGUCCCUCUCCCCUUUCCUCUUUUUAUCUCAUCCCAUAUCCUUACUCAGAUCCCAUUUGUGUAUAGUGUAUAUUGUAUAAUAGACAAUAUUGUGUCUACUACAUGUUUAAAAACAUAUUGCUUGUUAUUUUUGAGGCUUUUAAAUUAAAACAAAAAUCCACUUUAUUUUUAGUUGUAACUGCUUGAGGUAUGUUUUUUGAAUUAAGUGACAGAUUUGUUAUCCUUUAUUAACAAUGUACUUUGUUGGUCAGCACAGAGCUGACAAAUAAUUUUUUCUUGCUAAUAAAUUUAGUUGCCUGAGGCAAAGUCAGCAGCUUGA